CUUUAGAUUUCACAUUUCCGUUUUCUUUCCCUUUUCUGAAUCCAUGAUUUGAGUUUUAACAGUUAGUCCCGUGAAUCGAAGAUCCGAUCUUCCAGAGCUUCAUUCAUUGCACCGCGCGUAAUUAGAAAGCUUCUAGUUGAUGCAAGAACAAGGAAUCCAUUUCCAUUUGUUUGCACGAUACUUUGUUUUGCUUAUUCUAGGGUUCAGUUAUUGCAUGAGUAGAGAAUCACAUGGAUUCUUCAUCCAAAAAUCUCUUGUUUGAAGGGGAAGGCACAGAUGCCUCUUCGUAUAAGCAGGAGUGGAUUGAGAUACAAGAAAAUCUAAAGCAGAAAGUGGUUCUUGAAGAUGAUUUCACCUGGAUAAUAUCCCCACAAAGCUCUUGUUUGGAUCAAGUUGGUGAUGAUGAGGGACUUAAGUAUAUUGGAGGGGUUGAUGUAAGCUUUGUGAAGGAGGACCCUUCUUUGGCUUGCGGUGCUCUUGUGGUAUUGGAUGCUUCUAAUUUGAAUGUUGUUCAUGAAGAAUUCAAAUUAGUUCGUUUGAAAGUACCCUAUGUUCCUGGUUUUCUUGCUUUUAGAGAGGCUCCUAUAAUUCUUGAAAUUCUGGACAAAAUGAAGCAGAGAGCUCAUCCUUUCUAUCCACAGUUAUUAAUGGUUGAUGGUAAUGGGAUACUUCAUCCUAAUGGCUUUGGUCUAGCCUGUCAUCUUGGCGUCUUGUCUAACAUCCCUGCUAUAGGGAUUGGGAAAAAUCUGCAUCAUGUGGACGGUCUUAACCAGUCCGAAGUAAGGCAAUUUCUAGAAGCUGAAGAAAACUCAACUAAGAAUGUCAUACCGUUAGUUGGGAAAUCAGGACAAACUUGGGGAGCGGCAAUGCGUUCUACUCCUGAUUCAUUAAAACCUAUUUACAUAUCACCCGGCCAUCGAAUAUCUAUAGAUUCAUCCGUCAGAAUUGUCAAGCUGUGCUGCAAGUUUCGUGUACCCGAGCCAAUCCGACAGGCUGAUAUUAGAUCAAGAUUAUUUCUUCAGAAUUUGGGAGGAUCAGGAAAUCUUACAAUCUGAUAAAAAUAAAAGCAAGAGGUCUGGGCGUGAAAAAUAAU